CUUAGUUCUUGGAGAGAACUUGAGGUCCUAACAGGGUAUUGUUGGAGGAAGUAAAAGCUUUAUUGAUAUGUUUAAGAAAUGAAUGACAACUAGCAAAGAUUUUGUUUAAGGGUUAAAAUGGGUUCUUUAGAACAACAUUCUAACGCUAUGCAAGGUGGUGAAGAGGAGAAGAAACAAGUUGAACCUAAGCAUAAUGAUGUUGUUGAUCCAAAUCUCGAUCCCGCCAUGUCGUCAUCUCCUAUGUCGUCCCCGUCAUCACCUAAUGACUUCGGCGCUCACACGCCACAGUGGAGCAUGAUGAGUUCAUCCCCGCAUCACGGGAUGAGGAGUCAGUUGUCGUUCCCAGGGGAACACCUUGAUUGGAACGGAUCGGAUACAGGUUACGACCCGAACCGCAUCCCGUCGUCGGUUUUCUCCAGCAAGCCAUCAAUGCGUGAGGAUUGGAGUGCCGCGUCCAACGAGUCAUUGUUUAGCGUUCAUAUGGGUAACAACGGGAGCUUCUGUAGAGACGAGAGGAAGAGCUUCUCCUCGUCCCUUCCCACCCUCGUUGAAGUAUCAGCGGAUCGCGAAGGGAAGGGCGAGAAGAUUUCUGUGGGGUCCGCUCGGACACAAGUAGAAGAAGAAGAAGAAGUAGUAGAAGAAAAAGAAGAGGAAGAUGAAAUCGUUGAGACCCUGAAAUCAAUCCCCGCUAAGAAACCUUCAGAAUUCGACGUGGAAAGGGGGAAUGCAAGCCCUGAAGUGCAUACUUCUCCCAUUGUUGGAGCUCCUCAAAUUGAGCGGAUUCAAGAAUCUGCUCGUGUUUCGACGGGGAGCACGAGCAGUACUAAGUCCUUCGCAUUCCCCGUGUUAGUAAAAGAUUGUAGUCGAAGAGAAGGGCCGUUGAAAGGGGACAAAGGCGUGAAAGCGGAGUCUCAACCAACCUUGAAACCGCAAUCGGAAUCAGAGUCUCGAAUGCAACAGCAGCCGGAGACAGGGGCAAAUCCGGAAACCUCAAAAGAAGCGCCACCGGAAGCAACGCAGUCCGGUUGCUUCACUUGCUUCUCUUGUUGGCCACGCUGCUGUUGACGUGCAUAUGUUAACUUCGU